CUCCAGCGCCCAGCUGCUCGCACAGCGCAGUUCCGACCCACAGCCUGGCACCCUUCGGCGAGCGCUGUUUGUUUAGGGCUCGGUGAAUCCAAUCAGGAGCGCAGGCUGCAGUUUUCCGGCAGAGCAGUAAGAGGCGCCUCCUCUCUCCUUUUUAUUCACCAGCAGCGCCGCGCAGACCCCGGACUCGCGCUCGCCUGCCGGCGCCCACAACCUCUCUCCGCGCUCGAGAGCAGUCUCCGCCGCCGCCGUUCUCCAUGCGCAGCGCGCACCCGAGGAGCUAGAAGUUAGCUUGGAGAGGCGCCGGACCGUGGAUGGCCUUGACUGACGGCGGCUGGUGCCUGCCGAAGCGCUUCGGGGCCGCGGCUGCGGACGCCAGCGACUCCGGAGCCUUUCCAGCGCGGGAGCCCUCCACGCCGCCUUCCCCCAUCUCCUCCUCUUCCUCCUCCUGCUGCUCCCGGGGUGGGGAGCGUGGCCCCGGCGGCGCCAGCAACUGCAGGACGCCGCAGCUCGACACGGAGGCGGCGGCGGGACCCCCGGCCCGCUCGCUGCUGCUCACCCCGUACGCCUCGCAUCCCUUUGGGGCUCCCCACGGACCUUCGGCGCCCGGGGUCGCUGGCCCCGGGAGCGCCCUGUCGAGCUGGGAGGAUCUACUGCUCUUCACUGACCUCGACCAGGCCGCGACGGCCAGCAAGCUGCUGUGGUCCAGCCGCGGCGCCAAGCUGAGCCCCUUCGCACCCGAGCAGCCCGAGGAGAUGUACCAGACCCUCGCCGCCCUCUCCAGCCAGGGGCCGGCCGCUUACGACGGCGCGCCCGGCGGUUUUGUGCACUCUGCAGCCGCCGCCGCAGCCGCCGCCGCCGCGGCCAGCUCCCCGGUUUACGUGCCCACCACCCGCGUGGGCUCCAUGCUGCCGGGCCUGCCCGGCGGCGGAGGCGGCAGCCUGGCGGCCAUGGGCGGCCGCGAGCAUCAGUACAGCUCGCUGUCGGCCGCGCGGCCGCUGAACGGGACGUACCACCAUCACCAUCACCACCACCCGAACCCCUACUCCCCCUACGUGGGUGCACCGCUGACUCCCGCCUGGCCCGCAGGACCCUUUGAGACCCCAGUGCUGCACAGCCUGCAGAGCCGCGCCGGAGCCCCGCUCCCGGUGCCACGGGGCCCCAGCGCAGACCUGCUGGAGGACCUGCCCGAGAGCCGUGAGUGCGUGAACUGCGGCUCCAUCCAGACGCCGCUCUGGCGGCGGGACGGCACCGGCCACUACUUGUGCAACGCCUGCGGCCUCUACAGCAAGAUGAACGGCCUCAGCCGGCCCCUCAUCAAGCCGCAGAAGCGCGUGGUGAGUGCGAGCGCCGCCCUCCCCUGCGGCCGGGCCCCGAGCGGCGCUUCUGCUGUGGCCCCGGCGCUGCCGGCUCGCCCCGGGCGCCCCCGCGGCAACAGGUGCGGCGCGGCCCGGGGCCGCCGGGGUCUGCCCGAGAGCGGGGACCCAGCUGUCCCCUUCACACCCGCGAGCGCCCGAGUGGAGGUUGUCCCGAAGAAACCAGCCUUUGGGGAACGAAGACAGCCUUUCCCCACCUUUACACCCAGGGCAUGA